AACAGUUGGCUGCAUACGAAACUCCCCAGUGAGGCUUCGCGAUUUUCACGGAGACGUUAACUUGCAGUUGUUACCAAAUAAUUCAAAGCAUUAGCAACAAUUUCAGACAUCGUCUUCACUGACGUGCCGCUCAUACAGCCCAGGUAGCUUUCACUGUUUGGAAACAUGUCAUCGACAAUUAAUCCUCUCGCUAACCCAAAAGGAACUAAGAAAGUGUGCGAGCUGUGUGAGAAACCAGCGCACAUUCAAUGCACUGGCUGCCGAGUGACCUUUUACUGCAACACAGAGCACCAGCAGGCUGACUGGGCUGGGAUCCACCAGAAGGUGUGUCAGCUGCUGGCCCCCCUGCGCACCCCCAUCCCUUUCCAUGUCCUGGGGGCGGAAAGGGAGCAUCACAGAGCGCAGAGACUGCAGAGACAGGAGCAGCUGAUUGAGAUCUCGCGGGCAACGGCUCAAAGGAAGCUCUUUGAGAAGAACCACUGGGAGGCUUUGCCGGCUGCCCAGCUCUGCCUGUGCUCUGCCACGGAUGUUUACGGCCCCGGCGCCGUGCAGCUCGUCCCUGCCUACCUGCUAUUGGCGGAAGCUAACAUUGGUCUUGGUAGGUUUUCCCAGGCAGAGGAGUACUUGGCCCAGGCGGAGUGGAUAGUAAUGAAGGGACCAGAGUGCAGCCUUGUGGUGCGUCACCAGCUCCACCGGAACCUGGGUCGGCUGCACGCUGCCACAGAAAAUUUUGAAGAGGCCCUGUUUCACCUCGCUAAUGAUGUUUACUACGCCAGUGAAGAAUUUGGUUUGGACAGCACUGUGACUUGUGGUGGCUACAUUCUAAUGGCAAAUAUAUUUUUCAAGCAAAAGAAAUAUGAUAUUGCAAUGUCCUUGUGCACUGAGGUGGCCAAUACUUGGCACUCUCACCUGUACAGAAUCCUAGACAGUCACAUUCAGAACUACAGUUCACUUCACAAUGCAAUUGAUGAGGCCCAGCAGGCUGAAGCUGAUCGGACACUGCAGUGCGUUUUGGAAUUGGAGGAGCAGAUACCGAAACGGGUCCCUUGCUUGAUGGCACUAGCUUGCCAUGCCCUGGCCAUGCUCUGGCUUCUAGGCAACGAUUUUGCUAAGGCAGCGGAGCUUGGUAGGAGGGCCCUGGCUUUGAGCCAGCUGGAGCCGGAUUGUGGCCUGACUGAGCCCAUACAAAGACUGCUGAAGAUGUCUGAGGCAAGGGGUGGCCUGGAAGCAACUGGCAUGAGCUGAUCACCAGGGACCAGUGCCGCAUUUGCAGAAAUGAGCACCAUUUACUCAAUGGAUCUCAUUAUCUAACACGAUAAUACUGUUCUUUGUAAUUAUACCCUAGAUUUCCUUAGGCUUUCUACUGUUAUUACUCAGUUAAAGUCUUUAAUACUGAGACUCCAUGAGGUGAAUAGCAUCAAAUGAAGGUAUACGUAGCAAAAUCCAUUAAUGUAUUUUAAUUGCAAGGUUUGGUAACACUUAAGGCAGUCAUCCAUCAUCUAUGAAGCCAUCUAUUAAUACCUUGAUAAUGCAUUGUAAUGGUCAGUAUAAGCCAUUACAAUGCAUUAUGAAGGUAUCUAUAGUGCAUUAUAGAUGAAAGCUUCAUAGAGCAUUCACAAUGCAUAAUAACCAGGGCUACAAUGGGUUAUACCUUUUCAUAAAUAAUUAUAGCCGUAUUUAUACUUCAUGAAUGCGUUAUAAUGCAUUAUGAGGGUAUCUGUAAUGCAUUAUACGACUGCUUUAAGUGUUACCAAAGAUUUAAUGUAAUGUUUACAUGGUAAUACAGGCCUAAAGUAAACAUUUUACUAUAUAUCCCAUAUUUUACUGUACAUUCCAUUUAUGUUAUUUAUGGUAGUCACAUCAUUUGGUUCUGUAGCAAAAUCAUUUAUCAUCAUUGAGAUACUGAUGAGCUCAGAUCUACCCCUAUCAUAUAGAGCCAAAAUAUCAAAUUGAAUUUCUCAUGCAAGUAUAUGUAGUAUAUGUUGACAUGGGAUAUACUGAUUAUUUUGUCUUAUGUAUGUCAGUGAAGUUUCAUUUCAUUGUGUAAAUCCUAACCAAUAUCAUAUAUUUCGAUAAUGGCUGCGGCGUUCAGAUUGUCCUUUUCCCUUAUGCCAGAUUCAUGUUACGCCACUCAUUCACACCAAGCCAAGCAGCACUGUAUUAGGAAGCAGCUUCUGCAGUGUACAUGCGUUGCCAAUGUAGAGUGAUUGGGUACACUUAACAGUAGUGUGAUGCACAAUUAAUUUCAGUAUGCUCCAGUAAAGCAUACAGCUGUACAAAAAAGGCUGAAGUAGUUACAUUAUCUCAGUAGCUGCUAUUAAAUGUAUACCAUUCUAAACCAAAAGGCUAACAGCUAAUGGUGAGUCUUAUUCCACAUUAGAACAAUAAUUGGGGAAAAAAAACAGACAUUCUGCUUUAGCUUUCAUCAGUAUGGCAUUUUUAUUUAGUCUAAAAAAGAAGGGUGUAUUUACAUACUUCGGCACAAAUUAAUCAUUAAAUAAAACCAGAUAUGGAAUCCA